AAGAUAAUCCCUUUCCUUAAUACUUUUCCGAGCCUGUAUUAGUCUUCACCAAUGUUUCGGUAACAGUAGUUGUUGAAUUCCGUUCGAAAAGCUUUUUUAUAGACUUAUUUUACCUCAAAAAUGUAUUAUUUUGUAGUCAAUAAUCUUUUUUUAUGUUUCGUUAUCAUAAGCACGUUGCAUAUUAGUGGUACAAUAUGUCAAGACGAAAAUAUUCCUGAUAAAACGAGUGACGUAAAAGAUGAAAUAGAACGUCAACGAGACUUAAAUAAACAACUCGAAGGGGAAAAUUACCGCCUUGAACGAGACAACGUUAUGCUCGAGAAUAAAAUAAAAGUACUCCAGCAACGUUUAACAGCCAUGGAAGCGAACAGGGAAGAAAUCGAGCGUACGAAUCGUCUAAAUAACGUCGUCGUGCACGGAAUCCCCAUCCGUGCCAAGAAUGGUCCAGAACCCCCCUCUGAAAUCAUGCGACUCAUCCAAACUGGUUUCAACGUAGACCUAGAAGGAAAAAUUAACACGUGUUACAGACUCAGACCAGGUCCGCGACAAGACCAAAUCGGUGUAGCGAUCCUUUUGAAAUUCACUCACCCUGUAUUCAAAGCCGAGUUCUUGAACCACGUUAUGAACAAUCCUAGAACAAUGAUGGAUUUCGGAGGUGUCUCCAGACACCCUGUAACCGCUUCUGAGCAUUUGACACCUCAUCGAGCUAUUUUACUCAGGGAAGCUUCGGCUUUCAGCAGAAAAGGAAGAUUACAAGUGUGGGUUUUGAAUGGUCGCUUGUAUGUUCGCAAAGGCAACGACUCGAUCGGAUUUGAACCUCGGACCGUUCAAGAAAUUCGAGAUUUGGCUAAUCAAGAAGGUCCUGGCAUUCCUACGACUACUCUGAUACCAGAUGAUGGCGCUCCAAUCGAUCUUUACGACUAGUCUUAGUAUUUUUUUUCACCUAUCUUUCUUGGCUCCCCUCUUCCUUAUUUUAUCAACUCCACGACGGAACGAUAAAUCUAUAGCGGACUAAUUACCAUAAUUAAUUCAUUUACUGGGCAUUGAUCGAAGCUUCGCUGAUACAUUUAACAAUUCGGUAUAUUUUUCUAUACUUUGAGGAUAUUUUUUCAUCAUAACUAUUUUAGCAACCAUCUCUCUCAGUACUUCUCUCAAAUUUCAGACUAUUUACUCGGAAUUUAGAAUCUUAUAUUCAUAUUUUUCGGUCACUACUUUGAUAAAAUUUUCAAUUUUUGUUCACUUCAAACAUCCUCCACGAAUCCUUUUCUUUUUCGAUCUAACAAUUUUGACAAUUCAGUCAUGAAAAAUCAUUCAAUCAAUUAAAACCCUUUGGAAAAGUUUUAAAAUAAAAUACAAGACCUCGACAACAUACUCUGCUACCUCAAUACCUAAAUAAAACUCUAUAGACGAUGCGAGAUAUAUGGUGUAAUCAGCUGGCUAAAGCUUAUGAAUGUUUUCAGGACGACGAAAUUUGGAAUAACGUUGAAAAAUUAAAAAAACAUUGCAAACGAUUCCAUCACUCGAAUCGUGAUUUGGAAAUACAAAUUUCUGGCCUACGAACGAAAAUCGAAAGGAUGGAAAAACGAAUGAAUUUCGUAACAUAUCUACAAGACGACACGAUACGAACAGAGAGACGUUGCAAUGUCAUUUUACGCAAUGUCCCACCUCCCAGACCCGGAGAAACCGAAGACACAGCCAGUCUGGUGACAAAAUUCGAGACAACUUUCGAUUAUCGACUACAACCCAUCGUUUUCUCGUGCUACAGGAUGAAUAAUAAGAAAAAACAAUACCUCAGCACGACGGUUAUCAUGAGAUUUAUUAAUUUCGAAUCCAAAAUGGCGUUUUACGAGCAAUGUGGACAGAGGAGAUUUAGUGAUUCGGCUUUCGGUGGAACGGGCUGGAAAGUGAUCAAAGUUAAUCAUCAUUUGUCUCCUAGAUCGGCUAAUAUUUUAGCAUUGGCUAAUAAUAUGAGGGAAGUUGGAUUUAAACUGGUUUACGAUGAAGAUAAUGAUGUAUACAUCAAACGCAACGAAACAGAGAGUCCUAUCCGGGUCAUUUCACCUCGUCAUUUGAUCAACUUGUAUAAAUAUUUUAACGGCACCAAACAAUUACAAGAAUUCCAAUAUCAGCAAACUUGGCACAGACGAUUUAUGUCUGAUAACUAACCUAGUACCUAUUCAUAAUCUCAAUAAUUUUGGCAGGUUGGUUCUUUGGUCGGUGUAUGCUUUUUAAGGGACAGGAACUUGAGGGAUUAUUUUUACACAAUAUUUUAUCAGAACUGUGAGGAGGUUUUGGUGGAAUUUCAAUUAAAGAUAAUUCAUGUUAGGCAAUAAUGACCAAAAAACAGAUAAAUUUGCAACGUUGGUUUCAGAUUAUGCUUAAAUUUUGAAAAAAAUUCCUUGCGAACAAUUUUGCAUAAGCUACAGUUACAUACAUUCUUUGUGAAUGUUCAAAGCUCAAUUAAUUCAUCUGAUUCUGAAACCGUUGUCAGUUAUUGGUCUCAUAUGAGCCCCGACUCUCAAAAAAUAGAGAUACCCCAUUAAGAAAACAUUUUAAGCCGGACAAAGCUAAAUCGAAAGAGCAUGCAAAAAUACAUCUCCAGCCAAAAUUUUGAGCAUUUAACAAGAACAUUUUUUGAUUUUUCGUGAAUUUUUAAAAAUUAUUGGACCCAAAAUGGUAAAAAAUCAAAAUGUUAGAUACCAAAUUAAUCUAGAAAACUAAAAUUUGAUAUGUACCUAUACCCUAUUUUUGGUCUCCCAAAAUGAUUGGAAACGGUUUCGAACUAUUUUGAGCAGUUCAGGAGUCUCCAGCAGAUUUCUAAAAAUUGAGAUUUCCAAAAAAAAUUUUACUAAAUAAAAUUAGAAAGCUGAAAUUCACUUCACAUUAUAAUUUCAACAUGCUGGCAUAAUUGAAGGUGGUUUCAAGCCGAUCUGGAGCCUUUAGCCAUAUUUUUGGAAAUUCUAGAUUUUCAAAAAAUGCCUUAAAAACUGCCCAGAUUCACCAUUUAAUGAAUUACCUUACCAAUUUACUAAGAUUUACUUUCGUUGGUUCAGAAAAAUAUUUGUCAAAUUUUCAAUUAUGAAAUUUCUAAAAAAACAUGGUAUAUUCUAACGGUUUUUUUUGUUGAAAAAAUCACUACUUUUUUCACUACCCUUUUUCAACCAAAUUUUCAGAAAGCUUUCCACUCGACCCCCCCCCCUUCCCAUACACAAAAAAAUUAACAAACUCAAAUUUUUCACAAAAAAAUUUUCAAAAAAAAAUCAAA